AUGAACAUGUCCACCAGGUCCGUCUGUUCUGACACUUACACCGAUGCCUCCUGGCAGGUGGACGACUGUCCAGAGAGCUGCUGCGAACCCUGCUGUGCCCCCAGCUGCUGCCAGCCCAGCUGCUGUGCCUCUGGCUGCUGUGCCCCAGCCUCCUGCCUGACCUUCGUCUGCUCCCCAGUGAGCUGUGUGUCCAGCCCCUGCAGUCAGUCAGUCUGCACCAGCUGCUGCAUGCCCUCGUGCUGCCAGCAGUCUAGCUGUGAGCCAGCUUGCUGCGCCUCGUCCCCCUGCCAGCAGUCCUGCUGUGUGCCCAUGUGCUGUGUGCCUGUGUGCUGCAAGCCCGUGUGCUGUGUGCCCGUCUGCUCUGGGGAGUCCUCCUCAUCCUGCCAGCAGUCUAGCUGUGAGCCCUCUUGCUGCUCCUCCUCCCCCUGCCAGCAGUACUUCUGUGUGCCCGUCUGCUGCAAGCCCUCCUCCAGUGUGUCCCUGCUCUGCCGCCCUGUGUGCAAGCCCGCCUGCUGUGUACCUGAUUCCUCCUGCUGUGCCUCCUCCUGCCAGCCCAUCUGCUCUCGCCCGACCUCCAGUGUGUCCCUGUUCUGCCGCCCCGUGUGCAAGCCUGCCUGCUGUGUGCCUGAUUCCUCCUGCUGUGCCUCCUCCUGCCAGCCCAGCUGUUGUCGCCCAGCAGUCUCCUGUGUGUCCCUGCUCUGCAGCCCUGUGUGCAAGCCCGCCUGCUGUGUGCCUGAUUCCUCCUGCUGUGCCUCCUCCUGCCAGCCCAGCUGUUGUCGCCCAGCAGUCUCCUGUGUGUCCCUGCUCUGCAGCCCUGCCUGCUCCCGCCCAGCCUGCUGUGGCCUCUCCUUGGGUCAGAAGUCCAGCUGCUGA